AAGGUAGAAAUGACGAUCUGGGCUCAAAACAAGUGCUUUCUGUGAAGCCUUACUUCGGAGAAGAAUAAGUCUGCCCUUCUGACGCUAGCAGCUCCCAGUGGCGCUCCGACCACCGGCCACACUUGUAUGACUGAACCUCGUCAGCGUCGUUGUCCAGUUUUGCAUACUUCGUUCAGCGAGCGCACUUCGCCCACAGCCUCCGGUUAUUGAUUCUUUUGCCUUCACAGAGACUGCUCUCGUCCCGAUUCAGGACUAUGAACUCAGGUUGCCUCGCCGACGAUCCCAACUCUGAACGCCUGCCAUCGACAUGGAAACACCCCUGACUCAACAAACAAGGCCAGACUCCUUUGAACCCAAAAUCAUCCAGCUCUAUCUCCACCUCUUCAACGUUCUUGCAAACGAGGAUGCCGAUGAUUCAGUGCCUUCUGAAGGGUUCUGGCGGGAAUUCUUCCUGCUCAAGCCCGACAAACAGCGACUCUAUGACAUUCUCGAGCCCAUGACAGCUUUUGAUCUGGUCCAUAUGCAAGCUCAGAUGAGGGUAUUUUUCAGGCGUGCCAUAGCUGAAGCAGGCUCGGGAGAUUCCCCCCGGAAUGAGAAUGCCCUAGACAAUUUGACAGCUUUCCUGUGCGCUGUAUUCACCAAGAAGUACACCAAUCUCAAUACCGACGUCAUCGAAGUACUUUCCGGGCUGGACACGAUAGAUAGGUUGAUGUCUGACCUUGUCCAUAACCUUGAAACAACCAUCCGCCAGGCGGAGAAGGAUUCUUUGCGGAGCAAAGCACUGGAUACCGUCCUCGCAUUGGUUGCUGGCGGAUUCCACACAAGUCUCAUUACCUAUUUCAUGCACCGUGAUCUGUUCUCGGCGUUGAUGAAGUAUGUCCACGAUAUACCCGAAUGUCCCACUACCGCCCUCAAGGCAUUCAUCGUCAUCGGCAUCCUAUCCAGUUACAACAAAUUUGAAGCCCAGAAUGUGUACCAGAACCGGCUGGAGGACUUCGUCAACGAGGAAACAAUUCGACUUCUGGUUCGCAAUUUCGCCACAGCAUGUUUAACGAUACGUGAGCAGUACGUGUUUGUCCAAGAUGACUAUCCUGCACCAUGGAGUUUGAACUCGACGCUUGUCAUGGUCGGGCUUCGGGCGUUAUCAACUGACGCAAGGAAACCAGCGCCUCCCUCAGAGGAGGAAGCCAAGGCUUUGCUCCUUUCUCUGCCUGGAGAAGAUGCAGCUUGUAUCCUUUCGCUUUACUCCUUCACCCAAGCAAACAAACUGUUUGCUGCGAAUCUUUUGAAUCUAGCAGCCGACAAAGACAAAGAGACACCAUUUUCCGCAUUCUUGUCGAUGGCCUCAUAUAUCUCACAUCACGCCUACCGUGGACCACGACAGUCGACAUAUGCCGUCUUGAGCCUGCUGUCUAUCAGGAUAAUCGUGGAAGACGCCGUACUGGCUAAGAGAAUCUGCUCGGCAGAUUCCAAGGCCUUAUUCCGAUUAUGUCGCCAAAGGCCGCCUCACCUUCCAUUGGUCACAUCUGCAAGAAUCCCGGCAACUGCCAUUCUGGAUGUAUGUACGGAUAUUCUUAGCCACAAUCUGAGAAAGAGACUGGACGUGCGGCUGUAUAGCCUUGCCUUGGGUAUCAUCUUACGUAUCAUUACCCACCUCGAGCAGACCAAGACGCGUCUUCAGCAUCAUUGGGCAUACAUUUGGGGCUCGCUCUUGUCACUCAUGCGAUUCCUGACGCAAUAUGCCAGCGACCUCAAACAUGUCAGAGAUAUUCGGGAAGAUUUGUGUGCCACGCUUGCGAGUUUAGCUGCAUUCUGCUUGUCAAAGGGCGACGGAUUCUUACCAGAUCCCGCCAGUUUUGACGACUUUUUCUACAAGCUCAUUGAGGCGAACGAUGUUCUGCACAGGUUCAAACAAGCCUACUGCGACGGAGGUUCCCCAUCCGAUACAUUGAAACGGUCGGUCGAGGCACUGAUUAGCGUCUCAUCUCAUUAUCAUGAAUUAUUGAAAGUACAACACGGCAAGAAGACGCAUCAGUCACCGGCAGCGAUUCAAAAGGUCAUCAAGGAAGGCUAUGAGACGUUAAAUCUGGAAGCUGACGAAGGGUUUGGCCGGUGGGAGAAGUGGCGUGAGAGCAAUUGGAAAUCCGAAGUGAAAAAGAUGAUCAGGGUUGCGGUUGAAGACUCCAGAAUCUUUGCGCUCAGGUGACGACUGCACGCAGGAACUGAUGGCAGGUCGAAUGCCAUCCUAUCCUUCGGCAAUGUUGCAAGUUUACCCGCUCCUGACUGUCCAAGGCAUCUCUGAAAACAUACCGGCACAGUGAAGUGGAAGUCUUCGAUGUGCGACGGUCCUGUUUGGCAGACCGACCACGCCAGACUGACAAAGUGGGUUCCAUUCAACAACUUUGGGCAGGAAUCUAACACUGUCACAUCUGCGAUAUGAGGUUCUUCAAGGGUAAACGAUGUUCGAUUCGAGCGUUACCACACACACCACCGAUCUGCGGCAAGCAUCGUCACUCCAACAUGCUCUUCUGCUAAGUCUAGCAACAGGUUUGACCCUGAAGCGGUACCGAGGAAGAACUCUCGAGUCUGUGGCAGGAUUAAGUCAUGGUCGACACCGAGCAAUUGAGCCCGAUUAUCCGUACAUUUCAUAGCCAGGACGAGCCCCUUGUUGUCGCCUAGAACAAUGAUGACAAUGAAGGACGCAAGCGACGAUGAAGUCAAAAGCCCCUUGUCACGUGGACAGCACGUGGAGAUCCGCAGUGGCAAUGCCAGGCGCAAUUCCCCUUCCGGU